GACAGGCAGGCAGACAGACAGGCAGACGGACAGACAGACAGACAGACAGACAGACGCAGCAUGUCUGUCCUCAGGAUCCUCGGCGGCUCAGCGCUUCUGAUCCGACCAAACAAACUCGUGAAGAUCCGGAGAUCCAACAUCUACAGCAAACCUCCCAAAGACAAGAUCGGAGCCGGGCAAAGCUUCUUCAUCAUGUCGGUGUUUGCGGUGGCCAUGUUGGCUCCAGCGGCCUGGAUCCUGCAUCACCUGCCAGAAUAUCGUCAGAGGAGCCGCUCGACUCCAAAAGCCUGAGCUCCGCCUGCAUCUUCGUCUUCAUCUGCAUCUUCAUCUUCACCUGCAUCUUCACCUGCAGCCAAACAGCAAUCAAGAAAACAUUUUCUACUUUAAAACAUAAAGCGACAAUAAAUAUAAAGAAUAACUGAUACUGAGAAAUAACAAGAUUUAACAACAACAAUAAAACUGAUUAUGUAUCAUGAUGAUGAUGAAAGUGUCAAUAAAUGAAAACUCACUGA